AUGGCCCGGCCAUCCGCCCAGACGAGCUGGAGGUCAGAGCUGAAGCCUCCUUCGACUCAACAAACGCCGCGCACUCCCGAACCUCACCCCUCGUUCCAGAUCCAGCUCGCCCCCAUAGCAAGCCAGCCCGACGCUCGAUCGCCCUCUCGAGAUCGACAGCCGCCGCCGGCAGGCUCGCCAUCCGCGCUUACGAGGCCCGACCUGCCCUUUUUCUUCACGGGCCAGUUUGUCUUCUUCUGGGAGGACGACCACAAGGUCAUCUGCAUUUUCGUCAAGUACCUGGACGGAGACUUUGUCAGACUGAGGCAGUACGGCACCGACGUCCUGCUGAACGCCAAGGUCUGGGGCCUCAUCCCUCUCAACUCAGUCAGCCAUCCGUAG